AUGAGAACUGUUCCAAAGUGGGUGAACAAAAUUCAUGAAGCCGACAAAGUUGAAUUUUCCAGUGUCCACACAAUAUGCUUUAGUCCAGAUGGAAGCCAGCUGGUAGUAGGUGCCGGUGAGAAGGUUAUGGUGUACGAUCCUAGAGAUGGAGCUCUCGUCCAGUUACUCCAGGCUCACAAAGGAGCAGUCCAUGCAGUUGCUUAUUGUGGUGAUGGCAAGAAGUUUGCAAGUGGCAGUGCUGAUAAAAAUGUUAUUAUUUGGACUUCCAAAAUGGAAGGGAUAUUAAAAUAUUCCCACAGCGAGCCCAUCCAGUGCCUUGCUUACAAUCCAGUGACAUACCACUUGGCGUCAUGUGCUCUCACAGACUUUGCGUUUUGGUCUAUGGAUGUCAAAGCAGUCCAAAAGUACAGGGUAUCUGGACGAAUCACAAGUUGUGCCUGGUCCACUAAUGGUCAGUACCUGGCAAUAGGUCUGGCUAUUGGCGCAGUGUCUAUCAGGGAUAAGAUGGGUGAUGAGACAUACAGAAUAGCUCGGGAUGCAGCAGUGUGGGCUGUAGCAUUUUCAAAAUCAGUACUAGUAGUAACAGAUUGGAAUGAUACUUUGUCAUUUUAUAACACUCAAGGACAACAGAUCUUGAAGGACAGAAACAUUGGCAUAUCUGCAUUGUCUGUUACGAUGCUUGGAGCUUUGGUUCUGGUUGGGGGCAUCGGUGGGUGGGCUGUAUUGACAUCAGAAGGGGUUCCAAUACUAAACACGCCACAGGAGUGGGUGUGGUCUAUUGCACCCUCGCCCACGUUUAAUAAUCUGGCAGUGGCAUGUCAGGACGGUACACUCUGGUGCUACCAAAUAGUGUUCAGCACGGUACACGGUUUGUACCGCGAGAGGUACGCGUACAGGGAGAACAUGACUGACGUCAUUAUACAACAUCUCACAACCGGCAACAAAGUGCGCAUCAAAUGCCACGACAGAGUGCAGAAAAUUGCUAUUUACAAACAUAGACUUGCUGUGCAAUUACCAGAACGCGUGGUAGUAUACGAGCAAGGUGAUGUGGAAGGAAUGCUGUACAGGGUCAGAGAAAAACUGCCUCAGAAGACAGAGUGCUCACUCCUCGUUGCUACCAGCGAUGCUUUACUUUUGUGUCAGGAUACAAAACUAUCAAUAAUUGGGCGACAAAUACCGAAAUCUUGGACGGUCCCUGCACCAAUACGUUAUGUCAAAGUCACCACACUAUACUUUGAAGAAGUUCUGCUGUUAGGACUAAUGAACGGACAGAUAUGGCAGGUCGAACCCUGGCAAGGCAGUGCUAAAAUGGUGCUUCACACUCCAGCAUCAGUACGAUGCCUAGAUGUGAGUGCUUCCCGCGCCUACCUCGCCGUCGUCGACGAGUCUUCUGUCUGCAGAGUGUACAAAUUAGCUACAAGUGAACUGUUAUUUACGGAAGAGAACAUAUCCUCAGUAUCGUGGAACUCUUGGUGUGAUGAGCUGCUGAGUUUAUCUGGUGGUGGUCUACUUUCCAUAAAGGCCUGUCACUUUCCUCCUGCCACUCAACCGCUGGUUGGCUCCGUUGUUGGAUUCCAGGGUGGGCGAGUAUUUUGCUUGCAAGCGAAUUCUAUGCAAACGAUCAAGGUGCCACUGUCCCAUGCUGUUCAUCAAUACAUUCACCAUAAAAUGUUCAAGUAA